GUGUGUGUGUGUUGUAUAUACAAGUAUAUAUUUAUUUUGCGUGGUAUUUGUAUUUUAAUAUAGUUGGUUCAUCCUCUCAUCAUCAGUGCCAAGUUAUUGUAAUAUCAGAGGACUUGAUUUAGAAAUGGAAUAUCACAGUGCAGUGAACAAAAUAUUUACAGGUUGGAUGCUAAGUUGUAGUUGAGGGGUGCUCCAAUGCAGAUUAAAUUGAUCAUGUCAGGCCAAAAUUGAGUAAGCAGUGAGACCCUGGGGUACUGAUGGAUGUAGUGGUAUUCAUGAAUUUGUAUCUGCAAACCAAGCUCCAACAUACAGCACACUCUUAUCACUUGAUAGUGGUCCAGAAGUCAUCAAGACUCUAGAAGAAAUUGGAGUGGGGAAGAAACAUAAUGCCGAAAUGUGAUAGUUUCACGAAGUAUAUACCUGCUACAUUUGCCUGGGUACUGUUGCUGGGGACAACGACGUUGUUCUUCCGUUACCCAUGCAGUUUUUAUUAUAACAUACAGUAUCCAUGGGUUCCAGCCUACCAAGGUGUAAUCACAUUAUUUGUGAUUGCCAAUUUCACACUGGCCACAUUUAUGGAUCCAGGAGUCAUUCCAAGAGCUUCCCCAGAAGAGGACAGGGAGGAUGACUUCAGAGCACCGCUUUACAAAAAUGUAGAAAUCAAUGGUAUUACUGUACGAAUGAAGUGGUGUGUUACAUGCCAGUUUUACCGACCACCACGCUGCUCUCAUUGUAGUGUGUGCAAUGUUUGUAUUGAGACAUUUGACCACCACUGCCCAUGGGUGAAUAACUGCAUUGGACGCCGCAACUACCGCUUCUUUUUUAUGUUCCUGAUUUCUUUGAGCAUACACAUCACUAGCAUUUUUACACUCUGUCUUGUAUUUGUGCUAUAUAAGAGGAAAGACCUGACAGAAGUGAACACAAUCAUAGCGAUGGUUAUAAUUGGAAUAAUAGUAUUACUUGUGAUACCCAUUUAUGGUCUGACUGGUUUCCACAUUGUUCUUGUGUCAAGAGGUCGUACUACAAAUGAACAAGUCACUGGAAAAUUUAAAGGUGGUUAUAAUCCUUUCUCCCGAGGAUGUCCUCGUAACUGCUGCUACAUUUUAUGUGGACCACAGUAUCCCAGUCUGUUGAAGGCGAGUAAGUACGUGGCAAAGCCAAAACGGUACCCUUUGUCAACUUCUGCAAUUUCAACUAUUACCAAUGAAAACCAGGUAAAAACCUACAUGGAUAACAGCAAUGGGGUUAGAAAUGCCAGUUCGAAUGCUUACAAUAAGCUUUCACCUGGUCGAGGGGAGGGUUCUGAUACAGAUAUGGAACCUACAGCAUCACAGUCCCAAGAUUGUGAGCCUACUCCCCCACUUCAACGCCAUGGAUCCAAGAGCAACUUCUUCCUGCCUCCUGUAGAAGGGGGUGACUCCCCUCGCAAAGCAGGCCACCCUCAACAGCAGCAACAGAUACGAGGUCCAUUUUCUCGUGGCAGUCCACAUCCAAGGCCAAGGGGUAUGGAUGUUUCUCAGUCUCGAAGCCACACUCCUGAUCCAUUAUCACCUGAUCGACAGCAACAACAAGUCCCUUCACCAGCCCCGAGAGGGCCUGGGCCAAGUCCCACAAUGCAGCAGCGGAUAAAAGCCAUUGGAGUGCCGACUCCUCUUGCCAUGUCAAGCCCCGUCCGCAGGUCAAACCCGGGUACUCCAACACAGCCUCGUCGUCCAGACUUCAUUGGAGUUGGGGGCAUAGCAGGUGGCCCCCCUUCAUAUUAUGACUUCCAGCAUCAACAGCAGCACAUAGGGAGCACCCACCCACAUAAUGGAGGUCAACUGCAUGGAUCUGGUGGACGAGUUGCACCUGGUGGAACAUAUGGCAGCCCACAAAGGCGAUUUCUUUCAGAGGGAGAGUUGGUACGGCAAGGUGGAUCAGGAGGUGAACUGGCAUAUUCACGAACCAACAACACAGUGGACAAUAUACGUGAGUUAGCAGGGUCCCCACAACGGGGAGUGUAUAUGUGGAAAGACACAUCUCCAGGUGCAUAUGUCAGUGGAGGGAAUGGUGUGGCUGGGCCAGUGCAUCAUCACCAGCAGUUGUCCACACAGCAUCAACGACCAGGUGUUUAUGACUAUUACCGAUCCAACCCAACAAGUCCCACACAACAGCAGCAGCAACAACAGUUGUAUGGACAAAGACCUUCUGCAUCAUCAUAUUAUCCUCCAGUAAGGGGUGGUGUACCUGUCUAUCCCCCACCUCAAUCUCCACAGAUAAAACGCAAGACCAUGGCCACCCCUACAACCCCAACAUCAACAGCUGUGGUGUCAUCUUGUGAUGGUGGACGGCGACCCAGUCCAGGUUCCAGGAGGCCCAUGUCAUUUGUGCGUGCAUUAGAAAUGACAGACUCAUUGGAACUUACAUCAGCUUCUCCUGGAACUCCUCAUGGAGAACAUCGUGGACUUGUUGCUGUUGGAGGCCCAAUGGGAGGAACACCCACAUCUGUGGUGCAGGAGCCUCACCGCAGCUCAACACCCACACCUGACCGUGCAAGUGUGUAUGACAUGAACUAUGAAAUUUCAGUAUAGGGAAGGCUGGGCCCAGUGGGGAUACAGGUCUGCAGUGUGGGAUAUGGGCACGGGUACUCACGAAACAGAACGUUACCACACCGCAGACAAGCAACCUACAGCUAUCUAACAGGGGCCAGGACUUUUCCUAUUGCACGCAGAGGAUAUAACAGGCCACCACCAUACUGAAUUUACAGUUUCUGUUAUUUACGUGAACAGUGUAAGAGGGUGUUAUAGUUACAGCCUUCCAGAUUCCUGAUGGUGUUCUACAUUAUGAACCAAAAUACUCUAGGGAAGAGGUGUUCUGUGAUAUGAUGCUUCCCUAAACAGUUGUGACAUUGAAGAAAAUCUUCUAAUUGGCAUUUGGAGAGUAGUCUCUUCAAAGCAUUUUUAUAAAACUUGUCGUACAAAGGACUGAGGUCAGUAAAGAUUUUGAAAUAAGGAUAGAAACACAUACUUUUGACAUGUUAGAAUGUUGUAAUGAUUGUGUGAUGUCAGUGAAAAUCGGUAGUUUUGCGGUUUUGUUUGUGCAGAAUUUACAUAAGACUUAAAGUAACACAAGAAAAUAGUAACUGUAAUACAUUUUAAAAAUGUCUGCAGAGAUAUGAAUUUUAUACUCUUUCAGAAUCAGAACUAUUUUGGCAGUCUUACAAUUCAUCAUUGUGCCAUGAACUAACAAAUGAGGCUCGCAGAAUGUGUACGAAGUAGACACUGUAGUUCUGUCUGUCAUUUCCGUUUAACCGUUCAAGAUACAGUGUAAUACCUUUGUUACAUAGGGUUGCUGUAAACAGUGGAACAUCGCUUCAGUUUACAAACUAUGUUGAGGUCCACCUCUUUAUAUGACACAUGAAUAUUGGAUCAACCUGCAGAAAUGUUAUGCUCCAGCAAAUACUUUCAGUCAGUAUCUCACUGCAUUCUUCAUUCAGACUUACAGUACUUAACACAUUGUCACAGUUUGGAAUACAGGAAGUAAUAAUGUAUGUAUUGUGGACGCAAUUUGGAAUUUGCAAUCUUGAUUUGACUUCAUGUUUUGAACCAGAUACAAUCCAUUCUCUUUUCCUUUUUCUGCCUGGUAUUCAGAAUGUGCUUAGAGUCAAUUAUAAUAAGUAAGUACAAAACAUUACUGUUAGCCGUAGUGGUCUUUGAAGUCCAGUUCCUCCAUUACAUUUUUUUAAUAACAGGUAAUAUGAAAUAAAACUAUGUUCAUAUACUCGUUGAACCGCCAAUAAGUACAGUGCAUGAAGAAGUACAGAGUUUUCAUAUUAUGUAGAUACAGUCAUAUCUUAGUGUAAUAUUUACUGUUAGAUGCAUAAAUGAAUAUGUGAUGUUAUCUGUUUGUUACUGAUAAUAUUCUAAAUUGCCUGUGUAAUUGAAACUUUCUCAUGAUUUGAUAGAGAGCACUGAACAUUUCUUAAAAUUGUUUCUUUUUUUAAUGGCAGCAUGAGAUUUGAAAUGGAUUCUUGCGAAUAUGUUUUGUAUUUUCAACCAUUGGAAUUGUUCAGACUCGUCAGUAUUAUUGCCACAACACUUUCUUAAUACAAGAGGAAAUUAAUGGGCAUUUUCAUGGGAGUGGCAGUUUUAUAUGUGAUUAUGUUCCUGUCUUCUUUGAUUGAUAGUUUAAACACCAGUAUGAACCAUUUGCCAGUUAUUCAUAUAGCACAGUGAAUCUGUGUCAAACAAUCACAUGGUUGUGUUUCUGUUUUACAGUUAUUUUGCCCAAAGUAGACCAUGAUGCAGAGUACGGAAUUAACAGAAUAUAAUGAACAAUUUGUGCUUUCAUUUCCGUACACAUUCCUUGCAGAGGUUGUACAUAAUAUAUGUGAUUCAGGUAAAAAUUAAAUUAGUCUUAAUAUUUUUGCUUAUAUUUAUUUGGGAAGUAUGAACUUAGGUUAAUUCACUUUUUAAUGCAUGCCUUGGAACUGGAUGAAAAUCAGACAUGAAGUUCAGAGAGGAAGGAAAAGGAUGCAGGUUCAAAAUGGUGUCUGCAAUGCAGUAUAGUAAAUCAUUCAUGACUGAAAUACUUUUAAAGAAAGCAAAAUUUUUAAUAACAGUUAGGUCAAACGCCUCACGUAACAUACACCCAUGUGUUCUGUCAACUUUGCAGAUCUUACACAAGCAGUACACAGAUGGGAAAAUUAAUAAAAUGGCCACUACAGAAGUUAAUGCUCGAAAAAAUUCUAAAUGUGUUUACAGGGUGCUCCAAGUUUUAUGUCCAGUAAUGGAAGUUCAGUGUGUUGUGCACUUAAUUGUGUGCUUGUGUGUAACUGUAAAAUGUGCACACAUUCUGUACACUUUCAUAAUUGAAUUUUGGGUAGAGGACAGCCAUGCCCAGUCUUUGUAGACAAUAUCUGUGUCAGAAGUAUCACUGUUAAACUUUUCUUGAAAUCUGUAAAGAAGAAAUGUCUGCCAGUCAGAAUUUUGAACUCUUUUGAUUACUUGUUCAUUGUUUUACAUGGAAUGAUUCUGUAAAAGUGGUGUCUGUUAUUUUGUAUGUUUUAUGUUUUUUUCAAGUGACUGUUUUUAUCAAAAAGUAUCCCAAAGACAUGCAAAAUGUUUAAGUAAUGGUGUCUUAUUGUAAAUUGUGUCAUAUUUUAUUAUUAAUAUAGAAUGAUCCAUUUGAUCUGUUCAUUGUGAUCUGAAUAUAUUUUCGUACGUUAUUGCUUUGUUUCAGUAAUUAUGAUUGCCAUUUGUACUCUGUGUUGUUUAUAUAUAGAAUCAGUAAUCAAGAACAAAGGAUCUUCCAUCUUUUUUCUUUUUAUUUAUUCUGUCCGUAUUUUUUUUUAAUUUCAGUUCGUUAUUUCUUUCUCUCUUAAACAUCCUCUCCUUGCCUUUUUCUUCUGUUAGUAACAUUCAGUCUUGUAUAAAUCAUUGUGUGAUACCCAACUGUAACGUCUAUUAACACUUGACAUUGUCUACAUUUUUUUGUUGGCAUUAGUAAUAAGGGGAAGGAUUACUGCCAAUAUACAUAGGAAAUAACGUUAUAAAGUUAACCAAAGCUGGGAUCAUAUAAGAUAUAACUUCACUAAACUUUUGUAGAAAUUUUAGUGGCGUUAAAUUACUCUACAAGUGUUUUUGUAAUCUGUACAUGUGGUGUAGAUUAGAAUAGUGUUCUGCAGUGUGUGUCAUUUCUUGUUUUCUGGGACACUUUUUCAGAAUGAGUUGCAUUACAGUUAAUCCUGAUUAGUGUUGAUGACCUGUUUCAGUGACAUACCCCUGUGCAUAGAAUGACCAUUUAAAUUUUCAUUAUGGCUCUUUCAACCCACCAUUUUCUUUGGAAUAAAAAAAUAGGAACAGAGAGAGACUAUAUAUUAGUAGUAAGUAACUGCCACAGGCUAUCUGAAUGAUACAGAAAGGCUACCUCCAUGCCAUCCGUAAAUGACAAAUGGAAAAAUGACAGUGAUUAAUUGAAAACUUGCAUGUGAGACAUGUUAUUGCUGAGUAUUUACCGUGUUACCUGGCACAAGGCUAUCUGACAUUGCCACAUUCAUUACUCCCAUUGAGAAUGAUGAUCCACAUAGGACUUGACAUAGUAAUGUCUGAGUGAGAGCCCUGAUGGAGAGAAAAGAAAACUAUCUAGAGAAGAUUACUUAUGGGAUUUGAUGCUGUGUAGUGUGGUAGAUUUUUACUGAUGUUUCAGCAGAACUUGCUGGCUCCAUCUCUGGGAAAUGUUGGUAAGCAAUCUGCCAGACUGCAUGAUGUCACAUUUUGAAGACAGUAAUUUUCAUAGUCACCACCAUGAAACCAAAAAUCUCAAAUAUGUAGAAAAUUCUUUGAUCUAGUGGCAUAUUUUCUGAUUUUCCAUAGUCAAAUUUUUAACAUGCUUUGCCGACAAAUUACAAAAGUAACUGAACGUUUUAUAAUAUAUAUCUGUUGCUUGGUGGUGGUGGUAGUAGCAAUAAACAAAAGUACCCCAAAUUAUAUUCAAAUUUGGUUGGAUUUUGGUCUUGUGGAAAUAAAGUGGUCCAUCCAGACAGCAUCCAUGUAGAUUUACUUGCUCUGACAAUUAAAUUUUAAGUUUGUAUGUCAUUCAAAUAACACCUGAGCAGAGAAAUUUGCACUGCAGUUUCAGAAACGGUUUUUGUUGUGUGUGGUAGUUACUUACAUGUAACAUCUGUAAUUGCUGGGGUUCACAUGUAAUUUUUGUGACUUUUAGAACACAAUUCAUGUGGGGUAGACUGUUAGAAGAAGAUUGUAUCUCAGCACUAAAAUGGCAUGUCUUUGGAAUUUCUCAUAAAAUUGUAAUGCACUAUAACUACUUGAACACACAUCUGAGUUAUCCUAAAAUAAAAUUGUAAUUUGGCAGUAAAAUGGCCUAACUGCAUUUGGAAUUUCCCCAUACUUAAAUAUGUAAUAAGAACUUAACACUAUUUAUAACUACUUAGAUACACAGCUAGAUUAUGUUAAAACAAAUAAAUAUGAAAUUAUAUCACACUGCAGUGUACACGUCAUGUUACCAUGAUUACUAUAAAGUGUGUGAAGGUUAUGCACUCAUAAUCUUGAUUUUCUUAUGGAGGAAAUAAUGGGGAAAUAAGCUAGCUUGGAUUUGAACCUAUGCACAUAAUACGUAGAAAUAUUAACGUUCGUUCCAGGGUUUUGUCUUUAUGAAUUUUUUCUCUAAUAUGCUGUUUGAAAGAAACAGUGGGACAGACAUUUGGCUAUUACACACAUACACACGUAUAAUUUUAAUGAAAAUGUAGGUUAUAUUUUAUUUGCUCUUUGGCUUAUGUAACCUUCAUUAAAUUAACGUGCUUUUGAAAAAUCCAACAGCUUUACCAACAUUUGAUACAACAGUGUUUCAUUCUUUUGUGUUCUUGACCUGUCAUGAUUACUGUCAGAUUUUCCAGAUAGCAUUUCAUCCUUGAUUGAUAUGAGUGAUUCACUGGGUUUCAAUGAGAAUUCUCACCAUUAGUGUGAAUGAAAGGCAUUUUUUGAUGCUAGGACAUGGAUAUAACCUCUAGAUGUUAUGCUGUCUUACCUUGUAUAAAGAACACCUGAUAGCCACAAGUCUGAGCCAGUAAUUUAUUGAGAAUGUUGUUAUAUGUUUGUCAGGUACACAAAGUGUAUGUGUGUUGAAGUAGUUAUGCAUGAAACUUGAAGUUAAGUAAUGUUACAUUAAAAUUUAAAACGUUCUUUGCCACCUACAGGGUAUAAAAGUUAGAUUACUAAUUUUUUUAAUGCUCGUGUAGGCUAUUACCAUAAAUAAUUUUAUCCCUUGCUUUCUAUAUGCCUGUAUUCGCAUUUUAUUAAUAACCAUGAAAGAAUCAUUCAGACAUACAUACUUGCUAUAAAAUAAUGUAAGACAAGUCUCUGAAUUAAUUUAUUGUUAUAAAUAAUUACAAUUUUAAUUUUGAUGAUGACACAUCAACAGUUAACAUUUAUCUAAACUACACCUAGUGGUAUGCUACUGUUUUGUACUGUUUGUUUCUCUCUCUAAGAAUCUUCCAUAUGUUUAAGUUCAUCUAUCAAAUACAUUGUUGUACCAGAUUAUUAUACAUGACAGUAAGCCUUUGUCUUGAGAAGUAGUAAAUGAUGUUCUGUUGGAAGAACCUUUGCCCAUUCAUGACAGGUACCUUCCUGCGUCAAUAAGUAAUCAGACUGGGAGAUGGUUUGUGCCAUCUUAAAUCCCAGUAUAAUUUUAUUUUAACAUCACAUUGUUCAAUGCAGUACACUAUGAAAUAUGAUGAAUAUUCAUAAUAGGAUGUGUCCUAUGCACUGGACAUGUUUUGAAGAGAUUUAGAUUUCUAGAGGUAUACAGAUGAUCUGCCGAACUUUUAGCCCAGAAAGUAGUGUUUAAAAUUUGUCUUACUGAUUUUAUAAAUGAGAUAUGAAGAUCCUGACAGAAUAUUUACCAGUUUCCAUAAUAGAAUAUAGGCACAUGAUAUGGUAAGUUUUUCUUAAUACUUACGCCCUGAAAUAAAAUUAUACCUGUCUUCCUCUACAGCUUUGAUUUUUUAACUAAAAUGUCAAAAAGUGCCCUUCUAGGCAAUGGACACACACUCAUAGUGAAAGAAUUACUUAUAUGUCAUUAUGUCCAGCAAAGGAUUUAUGUAAGAAAUUUGAUAGUUUGGGGUUGCCCUGACAGUUGAGGUGAUAAGGGUUACAUUUUGUGUUGUUAUUUAAGAAUCUGAACUGUUGUAUGUGUAUAUGUGUGUGUCUGUGUCAGUAAAAGUAAAACUAACUGUAAACACCUGACUGAUGAUUGUAUAUAAUUUCUUAGCCACAUAUUAAAAGUAUUUAAGAUGGUGAAUUAUGACAUUGCCUUUAGCCAUGGUUUUAUAUGAUGCUAUUAUCUUAGCUUAGGACUAAUAAUGUGGGCAUUUAACUCAGUGGACCUAACUCUUAACCAGCAAGUCCAUGUGGAGGGGUGAGAGGUACUCCUGAAAGGAGGCCAAGUUCUUCCAGGGACCACAGUAUAUUGGGAUUGCUGAGCACAGGGUCAUAUGCAAAGUCCUUAGGGAACACCAAGGCUUGGACUGAUGUUUAUGAUGAAAUAGGAGAACAGAUUCUGAAAAUGCGUGUUAUAUUUUGGAAACUGUUAUCAUCUAGUCUGUUUUCCAAAAUGCUGAUGACCAGCACAUACAAAAUCAUUUUGACAGAUAUUUGAUAUUGGUGAGAACUUUUGUCUGUUAAUUAGAAGGAAGAAUAAGAACAAUAUAUUCUGGGAAACAAAGUGCUCGGGAAAAUGUUAAUGUCUGGCAAGAAUGAUGUGAGCAGAUUAGGAUUAUAUAUAAUAGAAACCUUCAUAAUUUGUACAGGUAACCACAUAUUAGGAUAGUGAAAUCUAUGAGGUUCUAUUGGGAUUGGCAUGUGGCUAGAAUGUGGGUGACCAGGGAUGUAUUACAGAAAUUGAAACACUGCAUGCAUGAGACCUUGCACUUAAGGCAAUACAUAA